UGUAGUCACACUAGGGUGUGGUCCCACCUCACUGUCUGUUAACUAGUUUUUCCGCUCUUCCUCAGUCUCUCGUUUUCUCUGGCUCGCUACGCUUCACUGAGCUCCAGACGCAGACUACAAACUCCGACGGAACUUCCUUCUUUGCAUUAAACCCGCUUUCUACCGACUAUCAGAAUGGCUGGUCGAGGCACUGUGAGGGCCAGUGUAAACUUCAAUGCCAACCAGGAUGCGGAGACGCUCUACAAGGCCAUGAAAGGACUGGGAACGGAUGAGGAUUCCAUCAUGAACCUGUUGACGUCUCGUAGUAACGAUCAGAGACAGAAGAUCAAAGCUGCAUACAAGACCCUGCAUGGCAAGGACCUUGUAUCUGAUCUGAAAGGUGAACUGGGGGGGAAGUUUGAGUCUCUGAUCGUGGGUCUGAUGGCCCCUCCCAUCCUCUAUGAUGUGACCUCACUUCGGCAUGCCAUAAAGGGGGCAGGCACUGAUGAGAAGGUCCUAGUUGAGAUCCUAUCAUCCAGAACCCCUCAGCAGAUUAAGGACAUCAUCGCUGCCUAUCGACAGGAGUAUGAUGCUGACCUGGAGAAGGACAUAACUGGAGACACAUCUGGUCACUUCGAAAGACUGCUGGUUAUCCUGCUACAGGCCAGCAGACAGCAGGGGGUGCAGGAGGGAAACAUAGAGGCUGAUGCACAGGCUCUGUUCAAUGCAGGAGAGAAGAAGUUUGGGACAGAUGAGGAACAGUUUAUCACCAUCCUCGGGAACAGGAGUGCUGCACAUCUGAGAAAAGUGUUUGACGCAUACAUGAAGCUGGCGGGAUACGAGAUGGAGGAGAGCAUUCAGAGAGAAACCUCUGGGAGCCUCAGAGACCUGCUGCUGGCUGUGGUUAAAUGUGCUCGAAGUGUUCCUGCCUACUUUGCUGAAACCCUGUUCAAUUCUUUGAAGGGUGCAGGUACUGAUGAUCAGACGUUGAUCAGGGUGAUGGUGAGUCGCAGUGAGGUGGACAUGCUGGACAUCAGAGCAAACUACAGACGUCUGUUUGCCUGUUCACUCUACUCAUCCAUUAAGGGUGAUACCUCUGGGGACUACCGUAAGGCCCUCCUCCUGCUCUGUGGUGGAGAUGAUGCAUAACCAUGGCGAUGACCACUGAGGAGGUGCUAACUACGCUGUGAUUGCCCCCCCCCAGCUGUCAAUCAUUCAUGAGUUGUGUUAAUCAGUACAACAUCUCAGCUGGUCCCUUUAAUUCAGUCUGGGUCGUUAAAUUUUUUUCAUAUCUCGUUCACUAAAGUCAUUUUCUAUAAAUAUAAUUUACUAGUCAUGUAUUUACUUUACCAAGGUAACAUUAUGUAUGUCCAUUACUAUACAAAACUCAUAUUUCAGAUUACGUUUUUUAAUACCUGAAAUAUAACAACCAAAGUGUUUUGAAUACUUUUGGUAAGACUAAACCAAAGACUGGUUAAUUAUUAGGUAAUUAUGCAUGGUGCAUUAAUAACAGGCUGUAGUAAUGUCUCUUGAACAGUAGAGGGCAGAAUCCAUAUAUAGUUAUUAUCAGCAGGCCGAAGCAAUGGAAUACUUGUUCUUGCAUGUAAUCCCAUUUUGUAUGUAGAGCAACUGAAUUAAAUACUAAUCUUUUAUGAGAGAA